UCUUCUUCUUCGUCCUUUCCCACUCAAAUCUACUCCCCCUCUCUCUGCUAUCAACUCCCUCCCUCUCUCUCUCUCUCUCUCUCUCUCUCUCUCUCAUCGCCGGAGAUCUGACCCAUUUCUCCAGGCCAAGCCCUAACCCUAGCUCUAGCCCCAGUCCCUCCUCCCCUCCCGGCGUGGAUCUCCGUCAAUGUCGCAACUGAACCUGCCCUCCACGCCGGGGAAGCUCAAGCCGGACAAGUUCUCUCCCUACAGCCACCGCCUCCGUCCCCACCGCAUCACCCUCUUCUCCACUCUCCUCCUGGCCCUCGUCCUCCUCUUCUUCUACAUCUCCUACUCCCCCUCCUCCUCUUCCUCCCCCCCUCGCCGCUUCCUCUGGGGCGGCCCCGGCUGGGAGAGCCAGGUUCGUUCCUCCGCCAAGGUCCGAUCCGGCGGCCGCUUCACUGUCCUCGUCACCGGUGCCGCCGGAUUCGUUGGCACCCACGUGUCCCUCGCUCUGAAACGCCGCGGGGAUGGGGUAAUUGGCCUCGACAACUUCAACGACUACUACGACGCCAAGCUCAAGCGAGACCGGAGAUCCCAGCUCGAUAAAUCGGGAAUCUUCGUAAUCGAGGGAGACAUUAACGACCGGGAGCUUCUCGAGAAGCUAUUCGAUGUGGUUCCCUUUACCCAUGUAAUGCACCUCGCCGCCCAGGCGGGCGUCCGGUAUGCGAUGAAGAAUCCAAGUUCCUACGUCCACAGCAACAUUGCUGGCUUCGUGAACUUGCUCGAGGUGUGCAAGUCUGCAAACCCGCAGCCUGCGAUCGUUUGGGCAUCGUCGAGCUCGGUGUACGGGCUUAACACCAAGGUCCCUUUCUCGGAGAAGGACCGGACUGAUCGGCCCGCGAGCCUCUAUGCCGCCACGAAGAAGGCAGGCGAGGAGAUUGCGCAUACUUACAAUCACAUCUACGGGCUAUCCAUCACUGGCCUACGGUUCUUUACGGUAUACGGUCCGUGGGGUAGGCCUGACAUGGCUUACUUCUUCUUCACCAAGCAUAUAUUGAGCGGGAAGCAGAUCGAGAUCUUUGAGGGUCCGAAUCACCGCUCUGUAGCAAGAGAUUUCACCUACAUUGAUGAUAUCGUGAAGGGCUGCCUGGGGGCUCUGGACACGGCGAAGAAGAGCACAGGGAGUGGUGGGAAGAAGAGGGGGCCUGCACAGCUUCGGGUAUUCAAUCUCGGGAACACCUCCCCUGUUCCCGUAACGAGGCUUGUGAGCAUACUGGAGAAGCUCUUGAAGGUCAAGGCGAACAAGAAGUUGAUGCCGAUGCCGAGUAAUGGGGACGUGAUGUUCACUCAUGCGAACAUAAGCUCGGCGCAGAGGGAGCUCGGGUAUAAGCCAACAACCGAUUUGGAAACGGGGUUGAAGAAAUUUGUGCACUGGUACCUGAAAUACUAUUCGGGCUCGAAGAAGAGGAGCUCUUGGUGAUGGAUCUUAUUCUUUUGUUUACUGGUGCAAUUGUUCUUUAUAGAGGUAUUUGUUCGAGUAAGUCUAUAUAUUUAUCAUUCUUCAUUGUUCUUUGUCAAAUUUGCUGUGAUUAAUUGUGUCCCUGUAGACAAUUACUUUGAACAAGAAGGGCAAUGUCUUGCAAUACAUUCCCAUUCAAGAGCAGCAUCCUUUGCAAUAACGAGUGGUAUCAACAGAAUCCGAGGAGCAUUGAACUCUCAAUUUUCCAUGUAAAAGUUCAUUUUUCACUAUCCCUGGUGUUUGAAACUGUUAUAAGUUCAUCGAUAGUGUCAACGGGAGAAUGGUGAGUUAGAUACUAGACGGUCCAUGAGUUAAUACUUCAAGUUCACGUCUUUCAGCC